UAACCUAGCUUUUAUUCGCGAAAUAUGUCAACCUAAAGGCAACCAUCUGUUCGAAUUAAAAUAAACAUUGUUACUUAUGUGUAAGUAAAUUGGGCAAUUUGUUGUCCCGUGAAGUUUAAGUGUUCAACUGUGUUUUUCGGGCUUACUAGACGAAAACGUAUGGCCCCAGUUAAGCCUUGAAGAAAAUCCGACCGUCAUACCUAGUGUUUUUAAGCAAGCUAACAAUGGUGUCAUUAUCUAGUACUGAUUUAUGAUUAGAAUUUUCAUGUACUUUUCGGUGCUUUGUUAAAAGAUUACAAGCAAAAGUUUAUCAGAGCAAAUUUUUGUGGCCAAAGCACAAAAUCUUUGAACAGCUCUUUUUGCUAUCCAUAAAUUCAUAGAAGAUAAAUGCAGACUAUUUUUUUGUUUGGUGCACUGAGCAGCAAUAAGUGAAAAUAUUGGCACCUUGGCUUUGUGAGAUCGGAUUGCGAAUAUAAAUUCAGUGUAUUUUUGUAAUUGUGAACACAUUUCUUCGGAAAUAGUUGCAUUCGAGUAUUUUGCUCAUUUUUGCAGGCGCCUGAAAUCACCACUAUGCGACGGAGACGACCGUUCCGACCAGGCCCGUCAGGAAGCGGGGGUCAUCCUAAAGACCUCAAGGGCCAGCAGAUUGGGAAGUGGUAUGCGAUGAGAAACAAAUCUCGAAACGAGCUGGAGAAUCGGCGUCUAAAUAGGACCCAGAUGGAACUGGGAGAGGCUUCAAUGAGUGGCGAGCAAAGGAAUGAUUUAAGGCGGCAGUACCAGGCGGAGAAAAAGGACAAACAUGAGCAGGAAUUACGGAACCAAAUAGAGCGUGAGCAAAAAAAACCGUUGGGCAGCAUAUUGAUCUCUGAACAGAAGAAAACUCGUAUAGCUGAGAUUCUCGAUCAAAGGGUCCACGCCUUUCUGGAAAGGUUUUUGGAGAAAAGCAGAAGCUGUAAACACCUACCGGAAACCGACUUUAUGGAUGAGUUUCAACAACACAUCACCGGUAGCAUUAUGGAAAAAUUGAAGGAAAACCCAGGCAUUAGAUUUCAAGGAAAAUGCGACAAAUUGGACCAGCGAUUGCUGACAGAAUUGCAAGCUAAAUCAGCCUCUAGCUCGUAUCAGAAAAUGCAAAAGAUCCGCCAAAUGUUGCCUUCCAUGCACAUGAGGCAAAAAAUAUUGGACUUGAUUGAAAACAACCAGAUAACAGUUAUCAGCGGCGAAACUGGGUGUGGAAAAACAACCCAAGUUUCACAAUUCAUUCUGGAUGAUUUCAUCGCAAAGAGCAAAGGCUCUGAGUGUAAAAUUAUCUGCACUCAGCCUCGACGGAUUAGUGCCAUUGCUGUAGCAGAAAGAGUAGCCUGCGAACGGGAUGAAAAACUUGGAAAUAGCGUUGGCUUUCAGAUCAGACUGGAAAAGACUUUACCGCGAGAGAGGGGCUCAAUAUUGUUCUGCACGACUGGAGUUGUAUUGCGAUAUAUGGAAAGUGAGCCGGCGUUGCGCCAAGUCUCGCAUCUGAUCCUUGACGAAAUCCACGAGCGAGAUAUUACGUCCGAUUUUCUUAUCACCGUCCUAAAGGACGUCGUUCAGUACAAUUCUGAUAUAAAGAUUGUGCUGAUGAGCGCCACUUUAAACGCGGACGCUUUUUCGCGGUAUUACAACGGCGCGCCUGCUAUUAACAUUCCAGGCUUCACCCACGAUGUCCAGGAGUUCUUUUUGGAAGACGUUCUGCAGAUUACAGGCUAUCAAGCAAAAAAAACCACUCCAAUCUGGGUGGUAAAGCGGGAUGCCUACAAGAAUAGGGAAUUUACGGAAUUUGUUCAGCCAUUCAUUCGACAAUUGGAGGCUAAAAAUAAGUACAGCAGGGACGUGCUGAACCAGCUGAUCAAGAUGGAAAGUGAGCAGUUAGACGUUAAUUUAGUGUUCGAGCUGUUGAGGACUAUUUGCCGGAAGGGCCAUAGCGAUGGGGCCAUUUUGGUGUUCCUGCCUGGGUUUGGCGAGAUCAACAAACUCUGCAACCUGCUCACAGAUUCGCACCAGUUUCCCCCUCGUAGGUACCUGAUCAUUCCUUUGCAUUCCCAACUGCCAACAGUCGAUCAGAAGCGGAUCUUUGAUCCGCCUCCUCAAGGCAUCACCAAAAUCAUCAUAGCCACAAAUAUAGCGGAGACUUCGAUAACCAUUGAUGAUGUUACAACCGUAAUCGAUUCCGGUUACAUUAAAGUGAGCAACCUGGAUCCGGCCACGGGAAUUGAAACUCUGAAGCCUGAAUUGGUUUCUCAAGCGAAUGCUGCUCAGAGAAGGGGUCGAGCUGGACGUGUGCGACCGGGCGUUUGUUAUCACAUGAUAACGAGUUUGCGAUACCAGCUUCUGGACAAAUUUCUCAAGCCGGAAGUAUUAAGAAAACGGCUUGAAGACGUAAUUUUGUUAUUGAAGAUGAUGCAGCUGGGCGAUGCGGAGUCUUUUCUGGCAAAAUUGAUGGAUCCGCCUGAAGCUGAAACCGUUAAAUCCUCUCUGCAAGUGCUAACGCGACUCGGAGCGCUCAAUUCGGAGGAAGCACUCACUCCUCUUGGCUACCACAUGGCUAAGCUGCCCAUGCCGGCGCAGUGCUCAAAGAUGUUAAUAUUGGCCACCAUAUUUAGCUGUAUUGAUCCGAUUCUGUCGGUGGCGGCCUCAUUAGGCUUUAAGGACGCCUACCAAUUGAGCAUUAUGGAAGAGGAGUUUGAUGCGGACAGGAAAAGGCAGAAAUUGGCUCAAGGAACCCACAGCGAUCACCUUUGCCUACACUACGCCAUACGAGGCUUUGAAGAGGCUCGGGAGCAGAACCAGUUCUGUCGCGAGUACCAUUUGAGCGGUCCCAUUCUUCGUCAGCUUGUACAGCUUCGCAAGCAAUUCGCUCAAGACCUAUUCGAUAUGAAACUUAUCAGUGAUCCGGACCCACAAAGUGCUACCCACAACAUAAACAGCGAGAAUGUUUGCAUUGUUAAGGCAAUCAUUGCUGCAGGAUUGUACCCCAAUGUUGCGGUUAUCGGGAAAACUUAUCCUAGGGAAGUGCAUUUGCACUCCAGAUCGGGAACACAUGAGAAAAUGAUUCUGCAUAAGAAGUCAGUUCUGGCUCAAAACAAUUUGUUCCCGUCGCCGCUUAUUGUUUAUUAUUUGAGACUAAAGACGUCUAAGAUAUUUGUUUAUGAUGCUUCCGUGAUCUGCCCUUUGUCGCUCGUUUUCUUUGGAGAUCAGUUCAAGAUCCACACCAGAAACGACAAUGCGGAUUCUUUCACCGGCGUGUCUGUGAACAACAACAUUCGUUUUAGAUGUUCGCCGUCCACAGCGCUGGUUUUGAACAAUCUGGUGGAACAAUUAAACCAAAUCCUGGAAUGGUAUGUGUCGCAUCCGGGAUUCAUGAAGUGGAAUCUGGACAGUUACGAUACCAAAGUGUUGAGGCUAAUUAUCGAUAUGAUUACAACUGAAGAACGACAGGAUUUCGAUUUCAGCGAUUUUGAAGACCGCUGGUGAUUUGGAAGUGGAAUGUUAAUGUUUUAUCUACAAUAACAGUUGUAUCUGGA